AGCUACCGGUCCGACGUGGAAACCUCACUUGCACCCCGGCAGCAGUCAGAAAAGGAUACGAUCCACGGGGACGAAUCUCUAAUCCGCUCGAAUCGAGGAAUCGGCCGAUCCUUUGAUUUUUUUUAACCGAGAAAGGAAGAGAGAGAAAGAGAAGGAGAAGCCAUGAAGUUUGGAUUGUUCUGGUUGUUCUGCUUGUUGACGGUUGCCAUCUUCACCGACAGAACCUUCGGAAGCCCCUACAUCGAUGAUGAGGAAGAUUCGCUGCAGAUUGCAGAUUCAGAUUAUACAGAUAAUGCAUUAGAGAAUCUAAUGCGAGCGGCUCAACAAAAACGUACCUCGUUGAUCUACCUGUUUAGGCGGGCCUGCAUACCACGGAGCGGAAACUGCGACCACCGGCCGAAAGACUGCUGUUACAGCUCCAGUUGCAGAUGCAAUUUGUGGGGUUCAAAUUGCCGGUGCCAACGAAUGGGUCUCUUCCAGAAAUGGGGUUAAAAACGAUCUCACUCUCAAUCCCCUCUUUCUUUCUCGGCGAGAACGUUCCUCCUUUUUAGCACGCGACUACAAUGCACGAUUUCGUAUAAGAUUUGUCAAGAUUUCGUUUCAUCCCUCAGAGAUAUUCUCAUUUCUUUUCCUUUCUUUCUUCUUCUUUCCCCAUCAUCUUGCGAAUACUCGAAUUGCGUAAGCGUUUUUUGCGUACGAAUUUUUACCAUCGUCUGCUGUCCCACGGUCUAA